GUCACCUUUUUCAAGAUUAUAUUCAAAACACUCUUCUCAUUUCCACCCAAAACACAAUACACACACAGAUUUUGCUCUGUCUCUCUCAUUUUCUUCAUUCUUGAUCCUCAUGGAAGACAAGCAGGAAGCUCAACCCAUUUUAGAGAGUAAAGAAGAGAAGAAAAUCCCAGUGUUUACAGUGCUAAAGAAUGGUGCAAUUCUCAAGAACAUUUUCCUCCUUGACAACCCCCCUUCAUCGUCUUCUUCUUCUUCAAAUCAAGAAACAGCAGAAUUUGAAGAGAUUUUGGUGGUUGGUAGACAUCCUGAUUGUAACAUUACGUUGGAACAUCCAAGCAUCAGCAGAUUUCACCUCCGUAUUCACUCUAAACCCUCCUCUCUCUCCCUCUCUGUUACUGAUCUCUCUUCAGUUCAUGGGACAUGGAUUUCUGGUAAGAAAAUCGAAUCAGGAGCUCAAGUGGAGUUGAAAGAAGGUGAUAGGAUGCAGCUUGGAGGUUCAAGCAGGGUUUACAGGCUUCACUGGGUCCCAAUCAGCCGCGCAUAUGAUACGGAGAAUCCAUUUGUACCAGAAAACAAAGAGGAGGAACAACAUCAGGAUGAGAGUGGCUUUUCUUCCCAGAAUGACCAAAUCCAGAAAGAGGAUGAUGAUAUGGUGCAGGGUCUAGACUCGUCAUUUUCUGCUGUGAGUUCGUUACCGCGUGUGAGAAGUUUGACUCCCCCAGCUCCUCCACUGCUUGAGCAAAUGAGUUCUCCCUUUCCUGAUAAGUACGAGGCAGCAAACAGAAGUAAUCUACCUGGGAAUAUCCAUGAAGAAGGUGAAAUCAGUUUGCUGCAGCCUGCUUCUUAUCAACCUGACAAGGAAAAUAGUGCACCAGAAGCGCUUCUUGUCUCAGAACAGUCCAAAACAGAAAAUGUAAUAGAUGGUACACCGGAAAGAUCACCGCAAAGAUGUUCAAGCAUUUGGUCUAGAAGGGGAAAACUUUUCAGUGUUCAGAUUCAAACUGGGAGAGAUAGGGCAAUGAAUGAAAAAGUUGACAUGGAAACUGAAGUCGAAUCGCUUAAUCGUGAAAGAGCAGGAAUUAAUUCAGUUUCUAAAGAUCUUUUUGCUAGUGGAAACAAGGAUAAAGAGGAAGAGGUCUUUACUCCUGACAAAGAGAACAGUACUCCUAGUUCUCUCUUCCUUGGAUCCGUGAAGAAAUUGUGUCUUUCUGAGAUGACAAAUGUAUCAGAUAGUAAGUCUGUGCUUUCUAAUAUGGAUGAGAAUGAAGAGAAUUUCACUCCGGACAAGGAGAAUAGGACACCAAACACGCGUUUGCUGAGGUCGAUGAAGAAGAUGGGAAGCCAGCAUCAAGUUAAGCAUCCAAAACCCUUUAAAUCUUCAUCUCUGAAAAAUGUGGUUGAGCCAAUGGCCAAUCGAGCUGAAGGUCUUGUAUCCCACAAAAAAGAGAAGCUAGGAUCAACUACUAAAUCAACAUGGUCUGAUAUGGAUGACAAUGAUGAAGAAAUGUUCACUCCAGAUAAAGAAAAUAUGACACCUGGUACUCAUUUUAUGAGAGCAAUGAAGAAAAUAGCAAUGUUGGAAGAUGUUCAGCAUCUAGAAGCGUUUAAAUUUCCUCUGAACAGUGUAGUUGAUUCCAUAUUCCAUCAAAAUGGAACUCCAAACCUUGCUUCCAGAAAUCUAGAGAGAUCAGAGGUAAACACAGUGAAGAACAGAAUGGAUAGGGUGCCUUUUCAAUCCCUUCUUGUGAACAGCCCCGCAAAGACCAGCUCAAUAUCUCCACAUGAGGACCUUAAGUUGAGUGACAGUCCUAUCAAGUAUCGAGAGACUAAGGAGGCAUGCCCCUUCUCUAAUAACAGUGUCGUGGAACAGAAUAGGACGUGGACCAUGGUAGUAGACACUGGUUCUUUGCUGCAUAAAGAAUCAAGGAAAAGUUUGCAGCUGCUGCAAGGUCUCAAGGGGACAUACCUGAUAAUACCAAGAACCGUUGUAAGAGAAUUGGAUUGCAUGAAGAGGCGUGCUAGUCUGUUUAGAAAGACAACAGAGGUAUCUGCAGCAUUAGAAUGGAUAGAAGACUGCAUGAUAAAUGCAAAGUCAUGGAUUCACGUACAGAGUUGCGCGGAAGAAACAAGAUCAGUGGCACCAACUCCUCCUGCUACUGCUCCAUUGUCUUUGUUCAGUGAGGAGAAUGGCAUGUUCCCUAUUGGUGGCUCUCUUCCAUUUUCUCCACAUGGUGGUCUAAUGGAAUCUGCCUCACCCACAGCAGAAGAUCAUAUCCUUGAAUAUGCCCUCUUCUUCAAAAGAACCAACAAGAACGGACAACUCGUCCUCCUUAGCAAUGAUCUUACCAUGAAAAUCAAGGCCAUGGCAGAAGGUUUAAACUGUGAGACAGCAGAAGAGUUUCGCGAGAGCUUAGUGAACCCAUUCUCUGAGCGGUUUCUUUGGAAGGACAGUUCUCCUAGGGGAAGGACUUGGUCAUGCGAGGAUGACUUUGUUCUUAGGGAAACAUACUACCGUGGCCCUCCAAAAAAGACAGGAGAAGCUGCAAAAGGGUUGAAGCUCAUAUUGCUCCAUAAUUCUCAUUAUAGGCACAUAUGUUCAGCCAAUUAGUUAGCUGUUUGCUGUUGUACAGCCCAUUGAAUCUUUCAUGCUAUGCUCUCAAGUGCCAAUGUUUCACUAUUUUUGGAACCUUUUAUUAUUGCAAUAAAAUGGUUGUUUGCUUCUU